GACGCCGCGUCGGCGUUUACGUUCGCGUGGUGAAAUCUCGUACUUCCCGUCGCGGGCAUGCACGGCCAAGCCGAGGGAAGCCGGAGAGAGGAGCAACAAGAGUAAAAACGGCGUGUCCCUACGCGCCGAAGGCGGAAGGAGGUCGCGCAAGCGCCUCGGCCGAGCCGCUCGCCGGCGAGGAGCCUUCAGGGUGAAAAUGCACCAUGGCAUGGGAGGGUCAGCGGGCGAUCGUCACGGCGCUCAAAACCCGGCGAUGCAGGCCAGGAAUGGGGUCUGCGACAAAAUCGAAAAUUACAUAUCCGACCUGGCCCGAUGGGCAGUAUGGAGGGCGAUAAUAAUGGGCCAAUUCCUUUCGCUGGUGCUAUGCUUCAUGACGCUCGUAAAUCAUCACAUGAACACCGCCUCCUACAAACUCUCGCUUCCAACAGGGCAAAAUCUUCCGCACUACGUAAUGAUGUGCUUGGUCUAUACGACGUGGAUGUCCUGUCGAGGUGUAGGGAAUGGCCUAAUUUCCGUCAUAAGGGCUCGUGGCUGGAGAUACUUGCUUUUAGCGCUGAUCGACGUCGAGGCGUGCACCCUUAUUACGUCGUCGCAUCAAUUUACUAGCCUCGCCAGCAUACAGCUCCUCGAUUGCGUAGCGAUACCGGUUGCCUUGGUACUCUCGUUUCUGGUACUGGGUGUUAGAUACCGAAUGGUGCACAUCGUCGGCGUAUCCGUCUGCUUGAUGGGUGUGGGAUGUCUGGUUUGGGCCGGAAUAGAUGACAAUAACGACCCUACGGCUACCGGAAAAGCGACCGAGGAUUCACGCAAUGCGCAUUUUGCCGUACCAGGGAAGAACCAACUCGUUGGCGAUAUGCUCUGUCUCGGUGGUGCGGUAUUGUUUUCGGUGACGACGGUCCUGCAGGAGUUGGCGGUUAAGACGGUCGACAUUAUCGAGUAUCUGGGUAUGAUCGGGUUUUUCGGCACGAUAUUGAGCUGCAUGCAGAUCGCUGUCCUCGAGAGGCUUCAAAUAGAAUCGUUCCAUUGGGACAACGCGCCGGUGAUAACGAUUCUGAUUCUCUACUGCAUCACACAGUUCAUGUUCUUCUCUCUGGUGCCGGUAAUAUUGUUCGAGUCGGGCGCUACAGCCUUGCAGUUGGCGUUACUCACCUCGGAUUCAUUCAACAUUUUGAUGGGGAUGCUUAAUCAUCAAUACAAGUUUCACUCGUUGUACUUCUUCUCGUACACGCUCACGAUGACCGGCAUAUACAUUUACGCGAUAAAGAGGACGCCCAUGUCGACGAAUUCACGAAGGCAGCACAUCGAGCCACCUAUUCCGGAUUACAGACACAUGUCUCAUCCCGACGUCGGCGAGGUGGAGAUGGCGACGAGCUCCGGCAUGUCAGGUGUGAGCGGCACCCUCGACAUAAGGGCGUCCACCCUCGGCAGCGAGAGGGAGACGAUGGACGCGACGAGCCUACCCCUGAGCGUCAGCUCCGACACGGCCUUCACCUCCUUCUACGGCAGUCAGGCGAACUUAAAGGUAGCAUCGAGAUCGGUGCCGCGCGUCUCCUCCAAUUCGUACCUCGAUACGAACGCCGGUGCGAUCAGCUCGCCCUGAUGUCAGUCGGGGACGAACCUGCGGUCGGGGCUGCCGAGUCCAGGAGAUCUUACGGGCGUCUCACGAGGCAGAUGUACUCCGCGCGAUUGAUCGAAUCCUUCGAGAUCCACUUCGGCGUAGCUGCCACCGACACGCACACGUGACUCGUCGGCAUCGAGUCGGCAUCUUACGAUCGCAAGAACGAAUCGCGUAGGUCGCCAUUCGUCGUGAUGAAGCACGCGGAAAAGACAAUUUCGUUAGUGUAACUGAAUUUUCCGUUACCUCAGGGAUGACGAAAACUCAGUUGUAGAAAGAUUCCUUUAGGAGGUUUCUAUUCAGUCGAUCGCUCCCGGUCUAUUCUCUCGUCGAGUUUUUAUUCUUCGCCACCGAGUCUUUUUUCAUCCGGUCCCAGUUCAGUUCGGGAACUGUGUUUUUUUUCCAUGUUGUCUUUGUUGUGCACUACGGCACCUUUGAUGCGCGUCGUCGUCGUAGAGUAAACAAUUAUGUAUUAAAGACAGUCCGGUGACAUUUUUGCAUUACUUUAACAUGGGGAAAAAUAUGUUGAAAAAUACACAGAUAUAUGUUAAAUUAAUAUAUUCACCUUGUUAACACAUUACUUCUUAACACAUUCACCUUGUUAAACACAAAGAUUUGAGCGGGCCGUUUGUAACACAAAAUUUUUUACUCUGUACAUCACAUGUGGAAAUCACAUAAUGGACCGACUCAUACGAAGGCAAUAAGCAAGGGAAUAAAAAGACAAAUAAAAAAUUAUAAUCGAAAGGUAUAACUUUUAGAGAUCUCGUUGUAGUGCAUUCAAUUCUCUGUAAUCGUACGCGCGGAGCGACGGAUAGAUCGAUUGCGGAGCCGCGUAGACGGGAGAAUUCGGCUUUGCGCGGUGAUUUGUCUGCCUCCGGCGACGUGGUUCUCGUAAUCCUUUUUAUUAGCACUUCGUGGUGUAAAUGAAAUCUGUGACGGUUUCAGGCUGCGAACGGGAACAACGGUUCUGCCUGUAAUAAAUAAGCGGAGGGAAACGACUGCCUAGAGUAGAAUAUCGUGCGAUUCGUUCGUUCAAAAUACGACACCUUACGAAACAAGGGGCCCCUUAGAGAGCAAGGAGGGAUGUUUAUAUAUCGACGAUAUUACGAACACUAGCACAAAUCUCUUUUUAGAUAGCCGUAAAAAAUUAUUAUUAUUAUUAUACCGUAACGGUUGUAUUUAACGAUAAGACCAUAGCUGGCGCCGUCUUUGAGUGCGAUCAAUUUUAUAUCGCCGUUAGAUAUUAUUGAAUUGAUCGUUAUACGUAAUUUAUUUUACAAUCGAAUAUUGUGCUCAGUUGUCGUAUUGCUUAUUCGUCCGAACAGUUGGAUUACGUUUACGUAUGAUUCACGCACAUAAUCGGUUUUUACUUUCUCAACUUUCAGCAUUAAAUUCGAGUGAUUUGAUCACCAUAGUGCGAGUCGCACCAUGACCAUUUGACUUUCGUAGAUAAGUAAUUUAAUCUCUAGUAGGAUACUUGAUUAUUUAAUUAGGGACUUGCUCAAUAUACGUAGGCUACAUGUGAUUAACGGCAGAUUAAUGUUGUGUAACUAAUUUUCAAUUAGUGUAACUAAUUUUCAAUUAAGCUUGAAGACGGCCAUGAAAUCAAAAUGUGUACCGAGUUAAAUGUUAAUAUCCCUUCUAGCUGAGAAUGUUCGUUUAUACAGACGCGGGCUGAUUAUUCGUGAGAACAAAACGUGCCAAAUGUCAAAGUCUGUUAGCACUCAGAUCGUAGAUCUAGGAGAAUGUGAAUGCAAAACGUGUACUCGUCUUACGUACGUCGUGUACUCAUUUUCACUUGAAUUUUUUACAUUAACACGAACUACCUUCGUGGACGUUUGUUAUUACUAUUACGAUCGAUAUAUACUAUAGUAUAAAUAUAUAUACAGAGAUAUUAAUAAGUUACAAUAAAUAUGAUAUAACGGAGGUUUGGUCGAGGAAAAAAGAUUUAAAUAAUUUAACCGGACGAACUCGGUCAACUUGAUUAGUAAUUACGGUCUAUAUAAGGCGACGCAUUUGACUAUUACACUGUUCUAUUCUUCUAUCGCAACAAUACGACUUUCGCAGUCAUAAUUUAAACGUUUCANCACGUCAUUUAAAAAAAAAAAAAAAAAAAAAUAAACAUGUUUGUAACUUGUUCGUUUCAAGGCCGCCUAUAUUUAAUAAUGAAAACUACUAUUUUUAUUUAUACGCACUAUGUUGCUCAUAAUGUUUAAGUAAUAAUAACUAAAUCUGCGAUACAUGAAAACUCAUAUUUACUUUCGUGAUCUCACUUUUACGUUGAGAUCAAUAACUAAUCGUAUUGUACGAAACCACGAAGGGUUUACAGGGUGAGCGGCAAAAUCUAAACUCGAUACAAUCCCGGUCUUGUUGUUACAUGAUACUAAUUCAUAUGCUAUUGUGUCCAAAUAUUUGGUAAAUUAAUUAUAACAUACGUAACUGUCGUUGAAAACAUGUGUUAGAGAUGAUAAAGAACGAACUGCUAAUUCAGCGAAGUUUUC